AAAAAAAAAGAAAAAAAAAAGAUUUAAACUCAUUUCUUUUAGUUCCAGAACAAAGUAGUGAUAAUCGUCUCUAUUCUCCUGUUCUCCCUAUAAGAAUGCAAGAGUAGUAAUCCUAUUUAGUGCUACAUACUUCUUUCCGUAAGCAUCUAAAGAUGGAGUCUUAAAAAAAAAAGCUAUAAAAGAGCCGAGAAAGAGAGAGAGAGGAAAACAAAAAAGGAUAUAUUUAUCUAUCUUAUUUUAUUCCUUCAACGCUGGUCGUUUUUAUAUUCCCUUCUUUUUUAACCAACUAAGGCUACUGCUUUAAUUUCCCUUUCAUCGUAUAUCAUCAACAAACAAAAUGAAGUCAACUUGCUCUAUUAGUCUUCUUUCUUUCUUGGCCUUUAUUAUUUUCUUCAUGUCAACAUUAUCUCAAGCUGCACCUAUUGAAGCUCGUGGAUCGAUGUCAGGAGAUGCUACUUACUAUGAUGUAGGUCUUGGCUCAUGUGGUGAAACGAAUUCGAAUGAUGAUAUGGUAGUCGCUCUUUCAAGUGAAUUAAUGGGCGGUAGUGGUAGCUCUUAUUGUGGAAAGACCAUUAAUGUGAAAGGCAGCUCUGGUUCUGUUUCUGUCACGGUAGUUGAUACAUGUCCUGGUUGUGGUAAAGAAGAUGUUGAUUUAAGUCCUUCUGCAUUCAAGAAACUGGGUGAACUUGGUGAAGGUCGUAUCUCUGUUACUUGGUCCAUUUAAACAAAAAAAAAACCAAGAAAAAAAAAAGAGGGGCAAACUGGUUUUGCUUACAUAUUACACAUUUUAUAUGCUUUAUUAUUACUGUGAAUUGCUUGAUGCAAAUAAAUAAAUAACCUUUUCUUUUAAAUAUUUCUUCAUAACACGUUAUUUCUUUUAGAUGAAAAGAUAAAUUAUUUAUUGAUAGUUAAUAAUGAGAGAGAUAAAUAGAGAACAUCAUGAGUCGAC